AUGGGGCAUCUCGGUGAAAUUCUUAUGCUGGCAGUGCUAGAAGCAAUUCUGAGACUCUGCCUCACACCCAGCAGAUUCUCAGACACCGUGUCUGCCGUCUGCCUUCCCAGCUCCACUGAUGACUUCCCUGUAGGCUCUACCUGUGUCACCACUGGCUGGGGGCUGACCAAGUACAACAAUGCAAAUACCCCAGACAAGCUCCAACAAGGCGCUCUGCCCCUCAUCUCCAAUACCCAGUGCAAUAAGUACUGGUGGGUCAAAGACGUCAUGAUCUGCGCUGGAGCCAGUGGUGUUUCCUCCUGCAUGGGUGACUCUGGUGGCCCUCUGGUCUGCCAGAAGGAUGGUGCCUGGAACUUGGUUGGUAUCGUCUCUGGAGGCAGUGGAACCUGUUCCACCUCCGUCCCUGGAGUAUAUGCUCGUGUCACAAAGCUCAUGCCUUGGGUGCAAGAGAUCCUGGCUGCCAACUGA